AUGCUGUGCUGCUCAUCUGUCCGGCUGCCACGAGUGCAGGCGGAUGGGGACGGCCACGUGAUACCCUCGACGAAACUCUCAGAGCUGCUGAGUCGGACAUGUGUUACCCAGACCCACGACCUGCAGCUUUCGGGGAUCCCCGGGGCCCCCGACACCCUUCUUCCGCCGUACUUGCCAUUGCUCAUGGCUUCGCUGAUCUCGGAGCGGGUGUGGGCUGCAUUCUGGGCAUGA